AUGGCAGUAGAUCACGAGCUUCAAGGUGCCCACGAUAAGCUGGCCAAGCAGUUUCAAUCACUAGAAUCUUCUGCGAAGCCCGAUGUGAAAGAGCUUGAGUCGGUCGGUUCUGACCUUUCACAACUGAAGAUUCUGCUUACUGAGCGUGAUCUGCUCUAUCCCCAAGCUCUGGAUGCUACGAAGUACAAGGAAGAACUGGUCCUUGCUCGGCAUGUUUUGGAGAUUGGUGCUCUUUGGAGUGUAAGGAAAAAGGAUACCAACCAAUUUGAACGUUAUUGGAGCCAGCUCAAGCCAUUCUAUCUUGACCUGGAUCACGUCCUUCCUCCCUCAGACUUGUACGAGCCCAUUGUCGGCCUGUCCUUGUUGCGCGACCUGUCCUCGAAUGCAAUUGCGUCAUUCCAUAUUGCAUUGGAGGCCCUGCCUGUGUCGCUGGUUCAGAACUCCAAAUACAUUCAGCACCCAGUGUUGCUGGAACGGUGGCUUAUGGAGGGCUCGUACUCCAAUGUCUGGCACGAGCGCCAAAAUGUUCCGCGCGAAGAGUACCGCUUCUUUGUAGACAUGCUCAUGAUCACCAUCCGCCACGAAAUUGCUUCUUGCGAGGAGAAGGCGUACGACACACUUCCUCUCAAUGAUGUUGCCACCUUGUUGUUCUUUGACAGCCAGAAGGAAGUCAUGGAGUUCGCUUCCGAGCGAGGCUGGCAUAUCAAUCCGACCAGCCAAACGGUGGAAUUUGCGAACAAAAAGACGGAUCGCGAUUCGGAAGCACAAGAGCUCAUUCCUAUGCGAUCAACUAUUACGACCAAUUUACACUUUGCGAAGGAACUGGAAAGCAUCGUGUAA